AGUCCCGCGAACGAAAUAUCUGAAGCAAGCCGGUCUGUUUCAUUCGCGAAGCUCGAACUUAUCCUUGUACAGGAAACGGAGUCUACGGUGCAUUUACUUCCGGGCGUGCAGGAACGGGAGCGCACAAAUAUCAAUCAGUGGAGUCAAGAGUGGAAUCAGGGUGGCCGAGUGGUUCCACAUAAUGCUGCAACCGGAGGUGAGAGAGCGUGGCACACACCGUGUCUCGUGUCCAUUCGCCAGUAGCUACCACCCACACCGAUUCACGCACACGCAGACACGACCAGUUAAACAGCACCCACACGAUCAUCGGUGGCAAACGAAUAAACAUACUCGCUGGCCACCUUCGUGUGCACGGACGCGCGUGUUGGUAACGCGCGAUAGCAUCAGCCGUAGUCAGCGUUCAGAGAAACUCUGUGUCCAUGGUGGUGAUGGUAGUGGUAUCCAAAGUGUACGUCGGUGUGCGACAUCAGGGCCAUGGUGAGUGGUUUCGUGGGGGUGGAGUAGGGACGAAGAAGGCGUGCCACGGAGGCGGAGUCUCCAUCGAAAAUCCCGGCAUGCAUCCAACAUCUGUGUGGGUGUUCCUGCUCAAUCUUUCUCUCUCUCUCGUUCCUUUUCGCCGUUUCUCCUUCUCUCCUUCCUCGCGUUGAACAGAGACGAUCGAGGUUCGUGUGUGCGUUCGUUCCCCCUCUCUUUCUCGCAGUCUAACUCGCGACUUUCGUCCGUCAUCGCAUUGGAGUUCCUCCACUAUCAGACCCGUUAACAGCAGUCGGCGUCGAGGCACCCGCUAUAACGUCUCUCGCAUCCCCGGGUGCCGGUGCUCGUCGUUCCUGACCUGUCCGGCCGAUGGACGGCACGGAAAUCAGUGUCUUCGUAAGCCGGAAGCUCGUUACGCGUAUCGUCGUCGAACGUUAGAUCCUCGUCUUUGUCCGACCACGACAAUCGUAGCCAGAGACACCAAGAUUCUAGGGUGGGUGAUUUGAACGAGCCACGAAGAAGGGUUUGCCACAGAAUCGACCGAUAUUUAAGGAUAGAUCGUAGUCUUCGUGGCAAGGGAUGAUCGCAGGAGACAGUGUCGGUGAGAGGGAUUAUCGCUUCGCGUUAUCGUAAACAAGAGGGUGGUGAAUGCUUCACUGACGAUACGAUAGUGACACACUCUCGAUGAACCUGAACGGGAGCGAAUGUCGUGCACAGUGAGGGUAGAAUUGUUGUAAGAACAGUGAUAUCGAACUGUCGGAGCAGGAUGAUGGAAGUGCAGCAGCAACACUCGCCUGUAGGGGUGGGUCCUCUGGACUUUUCGCGCAGGGGUGUCGCGGAAGCGUCAGCUUUUCGCGUUGUCAAACCGAAACAGGCGGCCUCUUCGUUGGUGCAUCAGCAGGCGAUGUCGCCGGAAACUAAUAACAACGAGAAUCUUCAGGAGAGUCCGCAAAUUCCUGUCGACGUCGAAGGUGGCUGCAAUGUUCGUUUAAUGUUUCCCAGACUGUGGGCACCUUUUGGAAACGCUACGGAGGUCACCACUCUGCCACCCUUGCCUAAAAGUCAUUCAGAACGAUUGUCUUUUGGCGUGGGUCGUUUGGUGGGUUCUCCAGCAACCAGGAGUCCUUCGCCGUCGCACUCUCCCUGUCCAGAUUCUCCACCGUCGGAUCGUCGAGACGGAGAGGUGGACGUGGACGUGGAAGACGAGGAGGUGGACGUAGACGUCGAAGAAGUCGGCGACGAGGACGAUCGCGACGCUGCAUCGAGUCCUCCGCGAUCGUCGACGACGCCAUCGCCAACCAGCGUAGCGACGUCCCCAGCUUCCAACCCACCGAAGAAAUCCGGCGAUACUUUCAGCGUCUCGGCUCUGCUGAGGCCGGAUCCGCCGUCUGCCCACCUGCAAAACGCCUCUCCUCAUCGAGAUGCCUCGUCUAUCGGUGCACAUCCCCCACCACCUGGAUCUUCCAUCCUUUAUCCUCCUCUUCAUCUUCAGGGUGGACUGUUACCGCCCCAUCCUCAUCAUCCUCUCUCGUACCUGCAUCCUCAGCUGCUGCCUCAUCACUUGUUACCGCCACACUUGCACCCAUUGCUGCGUGGCGUUCAUCCGGGUCAUCCUGGCCUCCACUCGACGCACACCGCCCACGGUCUUCAUCAUCAUCCGCUCGGCGACGUGUACAGCUGCGUCAAGUGCGAUAAGAUGUUCAGCACGCCCCAUGGACUCGAGGUGCACGCAAGGAGAUCUCACAAUGGGAAGAGACCUUUCGCUUGCGAGCUGUGCAAUAAAACGUUCGGCCAUGAGAUCAGCCUUACUCAACACAGAGCCGUGCAUUCUGCGGAGAAGGUAUUCGAGUGCAAGCAGUGCGGAAAAGCGUUCAAGCGUUCCAGCACCUUAAGUACUCAUCUUUUAAUCCAUUCCGACACCAGACCGUACCCUUGUCAAUUUUGCGGAAAAAGAUUCCACCAGAAGAGUGACAUGAAGAAGCACACCUACAUACACACCGGCGAGAAACCUCACAAGUGUCAAGUAUGUGGCAAGGCGUUUUCCCAAAGCAGCAACCUGAUUACGCAUUCGAGAAAGCACACUGGUUUCAAACCUUUCGCUUGCGAGCUUUGUGGUCGAGCUUUCCAAAGAAAAGUGGAUCUGAGAAGGCAUCGAGAGACCCAACACGCCGAUCUGAACGCGUCCCAACGACCGGCUGGUUUGACUUCGAUUCCUGGACAAAAUUCUUUGCCCAAUGGCAAUCCACAAUUGUUGCAGUGAAUAACGCGGAACGAUUUAAUCGAAGAAACUGUGAAUCUCUCUUUUAAGAGGAGAAAAAGUUAGUUGGACGCUUCCGGAAUUGUGCAAUUCGUGGAACUCGACAGAUCUCAUGUUGGCCUUGUCGUCGGACGCAUUUCGCUGGAACGUGUACGUCAAUUUGUACAUUCGCGUUAAAAUCGGACUUUGUAUUUAUUAUUCGAUAAAAGGAGAAACGCGUUUGUUCGAGCGCAACGAUAAUCGAGGGCUGGUACGGCGUUUCGUCGACUGGAAUGUCAAUGGCACAUACAUUCCGAUUGUUACCAAAGCUGUACAUUCCACGCGCGGUUCGAGCAAGAAAGUAUAAUAAUAAGGAUUAAAUAGAUUUACGAGGAUCCUUUUUUCUUGAGCGACAACCACGGUAUCCGAUUCGUCGACGUUUUUUUCGUUAACGAAUCAAAGAAAUUCCUUUGUUUUCCUGAGUAUCGAUACUCACCGUGUUGAAUCGUUCGUUAAGUAUUGAUAAUCGUUCGCUGUACUUCUCGCAUUAAGUAGACGUUUACGCGAUGUUCUUUGCGGCGAUUGGACGAGUUUAAUUUAAUCGAGUUUAAGUGUACAGUCGAUAGAUUUGUGUUUGGGAAUGUUGUUGAAUUUAUUGUAUAUACGUACAAUGUACCGAUAAAGUGAUUCUACACGCUUUAUUAUUAUACGUUUUAACGCUUUGAGUGUACGAUAUCGAAAAUUGCGUUUAGUUCCGAAAUUCGAGAAGCGAUUAAAAUUAAGCUCGUUUGGUCGUCGAUGAUAGACAAAGUGUAAAAUCAAAAGGUACGAGCACCGUACUGUAUUUUGCAUAUCUCCAGCACCUAUCGUUCAAGAAAGGGUACCACCCACUCCCAAAGAUGCAACUGUGACCAAAAAAAAAGAGGAAAGAAAAGUUGUAAAUAGCACUUAGACUGUAUCUCGUCUAGCCUAAGCGUAUAAAUAUAUACAUGUAUAAAUAAAAAGAAACGAAGUCGAGGCUAUAAAUAAUUAUAAAUAGAGACGAAACUUUUUGAACCGAUUUGGUUCUGAUCGAAAGAAAGAGAAGAAAGGGACGAAACAUGCCCUGAAGUAAUGUCUCGUCAACGAGUAACUGUAUUCUUCUUCUCUUCUUGCUAUUGAAAAGAUUUUUAUUGUUGUACCAUUCCUAUUAUCAUGUAAUUAUUGUAAUUAGAA